AGGAAGGACGCGGGCCCUCCGCCUCCCCCGGGUCCUGAGUGGGCGCCAGGAGCCGGGAACUGGCCGUGGUGCUGAGCGCGCAGCUCUGUAUCGGGCGCGGCUCCCAGACCUGCCAAGACCGCAUACCGUGACACUCCCGGCCUCAGCGCAGCGGAGACACUGCAGAAUGGAGCUGAAGAGAGGAAAGACCUUCAUCAAAUCUAGCCUGCAGAUUGACCAUGAGAAACCUCCAGACCCAGCAGCGACUGCCCUGACCACAGAGGAUGCAAUCUCACUGGGAGGGCAGCAGCUGCCCCACAGUGAGAGGGGGCCCCAGGUUAGUCCCAGCACCCAAGGAUACGACAGAUGCCUUGAUCGGGAAGCCCAGCCAGACACCAAUGGAGGGCCUGCAGCUCUCUGUGGGGCCACCUUCAAACUGGUUCGGAAGAGCAAGAAUCACGACAGUGUGCCGAGGGCUGACAGGGCAGCCACAGCUACAGGGCAGCUGGUCGGGAGCGCAAGUUUCCCAGGGACCCCCAGCAGCCAGCGCAUGAUUGACUACCGCCACUUUGUGCCCCAGAUGCCCUUCGUACCAGCUGUGGCCAAGAGCAUCCCAAGGAAGAGGAUUUCCCUGAAACGACCCAAGAAGUGCUUUCGUAACCUAUUCCACAUCCGCAGAAACAAGGCUGAGAAUUUGCCCUCACAGGCAACCAAGGGACAGGGCUUGUCUUCUCCCAAGGGCCCAUCAGAGACUGGAGGGCAGCAAGGCAUAGCCUUCCUCCCCUUGGGCGAGGAACUGGGACUGGAUGGCCAGUGCCAGGACCUGUCUGACAGUGAGUUCCUGCCCGAUUCUUCCUUUGACCUCUGCAGGGCCCUGUGUGAGGACGUGGCCUCACUGAAGAGCUUUGACUCACUCACAGGCUGUGGGGAGAUCUUUGCAGAUGAGAGCUCAGUGCCAUCCCUGGAGCUGAACGAGGGCCUGGUGAGCCCUGCCCAGAGAUCACAGGCUUCUGACAGCAAGGCUUCCAGGGGCCCCUUCCAAGGCAGCAUAGAGCAGCUGGCAUCGCCUGCCCAGAAUGAGAUGUCUGACUUUGCCAAGUUCUGGGACCAUGUGAAUCACUCAGUGAGGCAGCAGCAGCAUGUCCUGCUAGGCCCGUGGCUGGGAGGCCCCCAGGCAUCAGACACAGACCAGCCCAGGCCAGAUGCAGCUAGGCUGGCUGAGCUCCCCCUGUGCCCAUGCAGGGAUCCCCACAGCAGCUCCAAAGCCAGCUCCACAGACACAGGGACCCCCAAGAGUGAGCGGCCGGAGUCUGUGUCCACGAGCGAUGAGGGCUACUAUGACGCCUUCUCACCAGGCCUCGAGGAGGACAAGAAGGAGGCCCCGAGCCCAGGCACAGCCACAGCCACCUUCCCCCGGGACAGCUACAGUGGAGACGCCCUCUAUGAGCUCUUCUAUGACCCUGCUGAGGGCCCUGGGAGUCCGAGCCUGGAUGACGACUUGUGCGGGUCUGAGAGCCUAUCGGGGCCUGCAGCGGGAGCCCCGUUGUCCAUGUGCAGCUUCCAUGUCGGUGCAGAGGAGAACCUGGCUCCUGUUCCAGGCCCAGACCUACUCAGCCAGGGCUUCUUGCAGAGCUCUUGGAGGGGCAAAGAGUGCCUGCUGAAGCUCUGCGACACCGAGCUUGCCAUCACCAUGGGCAUUAUCAACUGGCUCCGCCGGGGUCCGGAGCUCCGUGCCUUGCCUGCCUCCGCUCUCAGAGAGCCGGCAACUCCCUCAGGAAGACUGGUGGAGAAACCAGGAGCUGGCUCUGAGAAGAUGGGCCUAGGUCCAGUGAAACUGGAUGGCAGGGGGACCCAGGCUUUAGAUGCAGGUAGAAUCUCUAUGAGCUCUGUACCCAGCAGGAAGGAGCUGUGGGCAUGUUCAGGUCCCAAGGGCCUGCUUGCUGGAGUGAGCAAGGUCCUAGCUGGGGCCAAGCAGGAGACCAAGUCUUCAUCCUGUGACCCCUGUCUGGAGUGUGUGCCGGUCUCUGGGGAACGGGGGACACAAGGCCACCCUGAAGGCUCGUUCUCCCCUGUAGGGUCUGCAGCCGCCAUGGUAACCAGCACAUCCAGGAAGAACAAGGUCCCACACCCAUCUGUUUGGCCUGGCUCCCAGGAGCCCAGGCUGCCUAGGAACCUCGGGUGUUUCCAAGGUCCCUGGAGGCCAGGUGCUGGGGGAAGCACCAUGGAUUCAAAACUCACCCUGACAGGCUGUGUGGCCCAGGUGGAAGCCCUACAGAUCAACCCAGACUGCCAGUCCCUUGCUGCUCAGCCCCCAAGACAAAACACAGGUAAUGGGCUCUGCGGGAAGCGUCAGGCCAGGGACCCUGACAUUCUGCAACAGGAACAGCCUAAUGGCUUCCCUAACCUGGCUGCCAUCUGUGGCCUGCCCUCCCUGGCCAACCCACUCCACAUCCCACAGGACCAGAGAUGCCCAGGCAGCAUUCUGGACCUGAGUCAGCUCAGGGAGGAGCCUGCCAUGCUGAAUGUCCAGGCCCGUGUCUCUGUGGAGGACCGGCCCCUGCAGCCCAGCUCAAGGGCUAUGGAGCAGGCUGCACAGAGGGGCCAGCUGGACUUGUAGUGUGCCUCUGCCUGGGAUCACUUGCCAGGAAUUCUGGCCCUCACUUCCAACAGUUAGUGAGAGGGGGCCCCCUUCUGCAAGUGCCCAGAAAACCACUGCAGCUUUUCGGAUCACAAGGGAUUCUCUGCAACCAGCAGGAAGUAGGGGCUACCAGGACAGCACAACCGAGCCCCAGCUUUGGAACAGUUUUGCAUCCUUGGGAUCACAUUCAGGAGAGUCUAAGACCCAAAUCUCCAUCCUUUGUUCCUGAUGUGAGGACUGGAGGACUGUACUGGGGGGAAGGGAGUGUCAGUAUUCAGACAGGCAGACUGGGGCAUUUUAACAUGGGGGCAUCUGUGCCUAAAUCCAACAGCUCUGCCAGAAGAGGUCCUGGGAAGCCCAGGGCCAAGGACAACUGCAAAGCUGCCAGCGCCCUCAAAAUGUUCCUCACCGAUUUCCUCACACACUCACACAAAUGAACAGUCUAAACCCAGGUGUCUAAACAUACCCUCGGCCACUUACCAUACAGUAUGUUGGAGAAAGGAACUCGGGCUUGAAACUUUCGGGAAUGGAAACAGUACAUAUUGUAAAGGGCACAUAUUGUGUUGAUAAGUCUGCGCAAGAAUUGAGAGUAAUAAAUGUGAGUGAGGAAUCUGAGACUUGGGUAGAAGCUUGAGACUAGGGGUUAGCUCAGUAGUGUCUAGUCACCCCACCUCCAGAAUGAGCAGCCAUAACCUAUGGCUGAAGGGCUGAAGGCCCCUGAAGGGCUAAGGGAAUCAGAAGCAGGACCAGCCAUCUUAGCAAGAGCCUUGAACCAGCGGAUGCCAUGCAUUCUCGUGCAACUUUGCCAGGGCUGGCCAGACCCUGGAGACCCUGAACAACGGGUGUUCCCUGUCACAAAACAUCCCACACAAACAAUGGUUUCCCCCCAUUUGCACACUCUAACAGAUCUGUGGGUGGCAAGACGCUCUUGGGGAAGAAGCUGUCUGAUUCUCCACACUGCCAUUUUCACCCUCCAUACUGCCAGCAUCCUAGCUGCCUCUUGCAGUAAGGCUCAUUUUUGAAUGAAGCUGUAUCCCCCAACCCCUCAAAAAAAAUCACAACAUUUGCAGAGCACCGAACAUUCAGAAUCACAAAAGGAAAGGUGGCUUGUGUCUCAGGAAGGGCAGGUGUCUGUCUGGCCAGCCUCAGGGCAGCAGACCAACAGCAAGCUCCUUGACAGGGUCCUCCGAUUAGAUCCUGCCUCAGGUGCCCUGUUUUGUUGAGUUGCCAGGCCGGGAGAGGGGGGAGUAUGCUACAGGCAGCUAUAGAGCUGUUUCUUGAAGAGGUGCCAUGGGCCCAGUGAUGAGGGAGGGAUUCCAGACAGAGAGAUGCCGUCUGACCACAGGCUGGGCCCACUCCUGAUUGUCCUAGGUGUUGUUUUCAGGCUGGAACAUGCUCCGCGGCUCUCAUUAAUAAUUCCCUGGGGCCUGCUAUGGGCGGAUGAGGGCAGCAAAUGGGAGGCUCAAAGGGGCAUGACAAGUCUCCUGACCAGGCCCAUUGAGACAGGACACACGGAAGGCCAGGGCUCGCCUUCCUGGGAAGCCACACUUGACCCUUCCUCCUAGGACUGUCACAAGUGACAGUUUUUGGGGCCUUGAC